UUGAAAAUUUCAAUGAGUAGAAUUUUGGACAGUAUGCAAAGAACAACUGUUACGGUGGAGCUUGGGAGUGCUAAAGAACUGAACACAUUUCAAACAAACAAUUUUUACGGAAAUCAAUCGGACGAUUACAACUGCUUGAUAUUUCCACAAGAACUAGUUAUCAUCAGUCAAGUUGCGUCUCUGUUUGUUGGAGUUAUAUCUAUCUAUGUGGUCUUUUCAUUAUCUUUGCACCAUUUUCGAGCUAAGCGUAAUCACAGAAAAGCGGGAUGGAUCAGUCGAAGAACGUCAACUGUUAAUCCAGACCAAGAAAAAAAUGGAAAAUUGUACAAGAAAAUUAUGAAUUUACAGAUGAUAAACGCGGCGUUUUGUAUAGCAGUUAGAUGCGCUUUAGAUUUUGGUAUUCUGCAAGCUGGUCAUAUUCGAAAUCCGCAGUACGUUACAUUUUCGAGAAUCGAAAUUUUGUUAAACAUUGCUGCCUUAUCAAGCAUGUACCUGGUUUUAUGGCUUCGACAAUGGUCUUUCUAUAACCAUCCCGCUAUGAACGAGGGGAAAUUUAAGAAAUUGCGAAUCAUUUGUAUUCUACUUCUUUUCGUCAUGAUAGCGACCGGUGUAUGGAACGCAGUAGCGUUUCUUCUUGAAAGGGAUAUAAAAAUCGAUGAAAUGGGAUGCAUACAAACAGACACGAGUGGAAAUACAAUGAUCAAAUUUUAUAUCCUCGGAGCAUGUACUCUUUUCUAUCAGAUCGUUCUGUUAACGUUAUUUGCAUAUCCUCUUGCACUACAUGCCAGAAAAAACAUAUCAUCAGAAUGCUCUAGAAGAAGGUCGGUUAUGCGAGUAAUUCGACGAGUAUUUAUCGCCACAUUAUUGUGCUGUUUUACUGAUCUCUUGGCUACUGUAUUAUCAGUAGUUUUGGAAAAUGCUUAUCCAGAUUCGUCAUUUAUUGUGUAUAAUUUUAAUGUCGCAGGUAAUUUUCUUUGUUUAAUGUAUACAUUCAGUGACUGGAGACUUAGAUUAUUUUAUCCAUUUAUCAUGUGCAAACGAACUGUACCUGCAUCAUGGAAAGAAUCUAUGACCAUGAACUCUAAUGCAAGCAUCAGUCAAACUACCUGAUGUAUACAUUUCUGGUUUAAUGUAUUUUACUAACGAUAGCCUUUCGCUACUAAGGAUAAUUUUAAAUUUGGCAAUAAUGUAGAAAUACUGUAAAAUAUGCUCCCUUCUCAACUUCAAAAUUAUUGAUGAUCGCAUGCAUACUACGAAUCAAAUAUAAAAAAAAUCGGAGUCCAUAAUUUCAUUUAGCAUUGAUACAAUCUUGAGGCACAUACUUUUAUUUCAGCCACAUUGAGUCAGGAAUGGAAGUUUCCUAACGACAUCACAUUUUGUUGUAGAUAAUUUGAUAAUAUGCAAGAACCAAGUGGAAAAUUACGUUACAAAUAUUUCAUUGCCUAUUUAUAUUCAGUUGUUUUAAGUGUUUAGUCUUAUUUAAAUAUCGAGAUAUUUAUAUGCACCAUAUGAAUUAUUAUUAAAUUUAUCCGUUUUUUUGUUAGCUGAUCAAUGAUGGAUAAAUGGGUUAUGAACUUUUGGGUAUAAGGGGCUUAAAGAGAAUUGUAAUACUUAGCUUAGUGCAAAUGCCAAACCCCGAAUGAACGCUUCGGCUGAUCUAUCCUUGAAUAUGUUUCUAUCCCUCAAUAAUGUUUAUUCAAAUCUUUAUAUGCAAAAUAAAUCAUGGUUAACAUCC